AUGGUCAAGUCAAAAUCAAAGGGUGGCCCUGCAUGGAGGCCGUUGAAAGGAGCCCUGUACAAAGCCAUCAUCCGGAUACAUUACUUCGGCGGCAAGGAACACGUACUGAAAGCCCUGACUGGACGGCCACCGUUUACUCAGAGACUUACAGAAGAUUAUGAUCGUGCAUUGGAGUUACGGAAGGACUUGUUUUAUCUGAACCUCCCCGAACUUAGUCUAUUCGAGGUUCGCUUGAAUAAGCAUCACCAUGACUGUGUGGAACUCUGGUCCAGAGAAGUGCAUCACGGCGAUGAUGACUUUCAACGAACGCUAAUUGAUGUUGAAAAAGACAUCUGGGCUUGUCGAGAUGGGUAUCUCCAGGAAAAAGAGAUCUCUCAGAUACUGCUGUUUUUCGUUCGAUCUAAUUUCGUCGAUAUUGCUCCCAAUUGGAACCCCGUAUGGCAUGUUAGUAGCACAGAUCGCUCGUCGACCGUCCUUCAGUCGCCUUUCGGCCAUCAACCUGGGCCAUCAACAUUCACUCGAUCCUCGAGCCCUUCACGCCUUUCGGACAUGUCCGGGGAUGUUCAAACUCCUUUACACUCGCUCUUCCCUGCUUCGCCACCCGUGCCGAUUCCAACCGGACCGAGAAACCGCUCUGCUACUCUCAUACCAUCUGCGAGAUGGGUCGAGCGCUCCAAGGCUGCUAAAGAAACUGGCGAUCAACCCGUCAGAGCCGUUACGCCCCCCACCAAUGGGAAUGCGGUUCAACACGGCGCAGAGAAUACCCUGCCGGGCAAUCAUCCAGAGAGCUGGACAUCCGUCCGCCCCCAUCUGGAGGACGCACUGAAGCCCUUAUUUGACGAAUUCCCUCAAGCACGUCCACCGACUACAGCUUCGCCUUUCGUGAUGUGCAGAGCGAUCAAGACAGCGCUCAGCUUUCAUCAGACGAAUGGCAUCCAGCAAUCGGCUUCAAAUUCAAACGCGUCAGAGGCCCGUGUGCGAGAGCUUGAGGCUCAAUUAGCUGCAGAGCGAAGCGCUCGCAUCGAAGCUGAGGCGCAAUGCAGGAGCGCCGAAGCUGAUCUUGAUGUCUUGCGAGAAGCGCACGCGCACGCACAGGAGGAGCUCGAUGAUCUGCGUACUGAAUUCAAAGCGCCUGUUCUCGUGCCCGCCAUAUAUCAGGCAUUCCUCGGCAUUCAUGGGAUGACUCGAGACCUUAACGAAUGA